AGGCCCAAUUAUAUACCCAAAGUGAUAGCAACUUCUUUGCUCUCUCAUGGAGGUACCCUAGAAAUAGUAUCAACCUUCUUCACGUCGGAGGUCGAGAUCAGAGAGUUGGGAUUCCGUUUCAGUCAUCGGCCGGAUCACACAAUUACUUCACUCACAACAAGUGCUAUUCAUUGGCACAGAUGUAUGAGUGUCUAAGAUUUCCAGCAAUACCACUUCAGGGCCCAAAGUCAAAGCUUUGGAGUUCUGCCCGAAUGGACUUUAAAUGUUGUGUUGUAUCAGUCUCCAAUGUCAUUCCAGCUGCACCCAUUUAUCUCCCUGAAGGUCCUUGGACACAGAUUCCUGGUGGAGUUACUGCUGCACAAGGGUUCAAAGCUGCAGGCAUCUAUGGUGGAUUACGUGCAAAAGGAGAUAAACCUGACCUUGCACUUGUCACCUGUGAUGUUGAUGCUACUUCUGCUGGGUCAUUUACUACAAAUGUUGUUGCAGCUGCACCUGUAUUAUAUUGCAAAAAUGCCCUCAACAUUUCAGAAACGGCACGUGCUGUAUUAAUAAAUGCUGGUCAAGCCAAUGCUGCAACGGGUGAUGCAGGUUAUCAAGAUGUCAUAGAAUGUGUCAAUGCCGUUGCUAAGCUACUCAAGAUGGGGCCGGAAGAAGUGCUUAUUGAAUCCACUGGUGUGAUAGGCCACAGGAUAAAGAAGGGUGCACUUCUAGAAUCUCUUCCUAAAUUGGUUAAUUCACUCUCAUCUUCAGUUCAAGGGGCUGAUUCUGCAGCUGUUGCAAUCACCACUACUGACCUUGUUACCAAGAGUGUGGCAGUAGAAUCUCAGGUUGGAGGAAAAACUAUAACUAUUGGUGGGAUGGCAAAAGGUUCUGGAAUGAUCCACCCCAACAUGGCUACAAUGCUUGGUGUAAUUACAACUGAUGCUGUUGUUACCAGUGACGUUUGGAGAAAAAUGGUUCAGGUUGCUGUAAACCGAAGCUUCAAUCAAAUAACUGUAGACGGAGAUACUAGUACCAAUGACACUGUAGUUGCCUUGGCCAGUGGAUUAUCUGGCUCACCCAGGAUUUCAUCUUUGGAAAGUGAUGAAGCAAUGCAACUUCAAGCUUGCCUUGAUGCGGUAAUGCAAGGUCUUGCGAAAUCAAUAGCUUGGGAUGGAGAAGGAGCAACAUGCCUAAUUGAGGUGACAGUUACUGGGGGUUGCAAUGAAGCUGAAGCAUCAAAGAUAGCCCGCACCAUAGCAUCUUCUUCGCUUAUAAAGGCUGCAAUUUAUGGAAGAGAUCCAAAUUGGGGUCGCAUUGCUUGUGCUGCUGGCUAUGCAGGAGUUCCCUUUGACCUAAAUAAACUUCGAGUGGUGUUGGGGGAUUUUUUGUUAAUGGAUGGUGGAGAACCACAAUUGUUUGACAGUUCUGCUGCUAGUGAAUACCUCAAGAAAGCAGGCGAAGCACACGGCACGGUUCAAAUUAAAGUGUCUGUCGGUGAUGGACCAGGAAGCAGCCAAGCAUGGGGCUGUGACUUAAGUUAUGACUAUGUCAAAAUAAAUGCAGAGUACACAACCUAGGGUAGGACCUUAGGUAGUGUUUGAUUUGGUGUAAUAGAAUGAUAAUGGUAAUAGUAAUAGUAAUGUAAUGGAAUAAGAAUGGUAAUACGAAUUGAUUACAAUAUUUAGUUUGUAGUUGUAGUGAACAUUGUAAUGAGAAUUAUUGUGUUUGGUUUGGUAUGAGAAUGCAAUAGAAUAAAAUUUGUAUUGACCAAAA